AUGCUUCGCUGUACUGUUUGGAUAACUUUGUUGCUUUAUUUAAAAGGUAUACGUGGGUGUGACGAAGAAUAUAAUUUGAUUCGGCAUUUGAUGCAAAAAUACGACGCUUCGGUGAGGCCAGUUGAGAACUCAUCCCAACCACUAAUGGUUACUUUCGGUGUCUCAUUGCAUCACAUUAUCGACGUGGAAGAAAAGGAUCAACUUCUCACAACCAAUUGUUGGAUCACUCAGAUUUGGACGGAUUACCACCUAAGAUGGAACACAAGCGAGUUCGAUGGUAUCAGCGUCAUCCGAAUACCAUACGAACGCGUCUGGAGGCCAGAUAUAAUUUUGUACAAUAAUGCCGAUCCUAACUACAAAUCAGCUGUCAUAAACACGAAUGUCAUAGUCAAACAUACUGGCGAAGUGACUUGGCUUAGUCACGGUAUUUACGUGUCAGUUUGCGACAUCAACGUCGAACAGUUUCCUUUCGACAUUCAGCUUUGUACUAUGAAAUGGGCUUCGUGGACUUACGAUGGAUUUCAGCUGGAUUUAAUAAAGCAGUUUGACGAAGGCGACACGACAAAUUAUCAAACUAACGGUGAAUUCGAUUUGGUGAGCUUCGAAGCUAUUCGACAUAAUCAAUAUUAUUCUUGCUGCGUGGAGCCUUAUCCCGAUAUAACCUACGUUAUUAAGUUGCGUCGGAGGCCUAUGUUUUAUGUGUUCAACCUCAUAUUGCCGUGUCUACUUAUAAAUGGGAUUGCACUUUUAGUAUUCUAUGUGCCCUCUGAAUCUGGAGAGAAAGUGACCUUGGGCAUAAGUGCUUUACUGUCAAUGACAGUAUUCUUGAUGACCAUUAGAGAUACUUUACCACCGACGGAAAAGACACCUCUGAUAAGUCUAUAUUAUGGAGUCAGUACGUGUCUUGUUUCAUUUUCCGCUUCACUGUCAGUGGUAACUCUAAAUAUAUCUUACAGAGGAGUGAGAGGGCAGCCUGUGCCGGCGGUGCUACGCGAACUAGUGCUACAGCGUCUCGCACGCAUGCUCUUCAUAAACUUUGACACGGAUGCAAAGAGUGAUAACUCUGCGGUCUCAUCGGGUGGCGUACAAGUUAAUCCGCGUACCGGCUCGCGGCUUAAGUCUGAGACGGGAUGCGAUGGCAAUCCCGCGAUUCCCGUUUCACCACGGUUCAAUCGACCGAGUCACAACCAUCUUAAAGUGGAGCGACCGCAUUGCAAGGGUCGCACUGGGCCGAGCGCGAACCCACCACCGAGCCCACCGGUGGGCGAAGUGGUGGGCGUGGGGGCGUGCCCGCGGUGCGUGUGCUGCGGCUGCACACUCCGCGAGGCGGCCGCUCGCCACGAGCAGCGUGUCGCUGCCAGCGAGCGCCUCGAGCGCGCCAAUCUCGAGUGGAAACAGGUCGCCGUUGUCGCCGAUCGAGCAUUGCUCGCUGUUUUCGUGUUAGUCACAACCAUAUCGACGGCUGCCAUCUUGUUGCCACAGCUGCAGAAUUUACACGUUGGAAAUACCCCACUUAAGCCACCAACU